AUGAAGCGUGCGAGAGCCACAGGCGAGUCUAGCUCUUCUAGGGUUUCGCCGAGUCUCGAAGCAGGAGUCAUCAAGAAACUCCGGUUGGAGAAUUUCAUGUGUCAUUCAAAUCACGAAACUGUGUUUGGAAAUCACGUUAAUGUCAUCACUGGACAAAACGGAAGUGGUAAAAGUGCAAUACUUACUGCGUUGUGUGUUGCAUUUGGUUGUCGAGCUAAAGGGACUCAAAGAGCAUCUACUUUGAAGGAUUUUAUCAAAACUGGUGCUAGUAAUGCUGUCAUCCAUGUUGAAAUUCAAAAUGAAGGAGAGGAUGCUUUCAAGCCUGAAAUGUACGGGGAUGUUAUCAUUGUAGAACGUAGGAUAUCUGAAUCCACAAGCUCUAUCACAUUGAAAGAUCACCAAGGAAAGAAAGUUUUCAGUCGGAAAGCAGAUCUUCAGGAAAUCAUUGAACAUUUCAAUAUUGAUGUGGAAAAUCCGUGUGUGAUAAUGAGUCAAGACAAAAGCAGAGAGUUUUUGCAUUCUGGGAAUAACAAAGAUAAAUUUAAGUUCUUUUACAAGGCGACACUUCUUCAGCAAGUCAAUGAUCUUCUAGAAAGCAUUUCCAAUGAAAUAGCUAUUGCACGUGGAAUAGUUGAAGAAUUGGAGACUGCAAUAAAACCUAUAGAGAAGGAGCUCAACGAGCUGCAGGUUAAAAUUAAAACGAUGGAACACGUUGAACAAAUUUCCAUACAGGUUCAGCAGUUAAAAAAGAAACUUGCCUGGUCAUGGGUUUAUGACGCGGACAAGAAACUUGAGGAACAAAAUGUAAAGAUCGAAAAGCUGAAGAGCCGGGUUCCUACUUGCCAAGCUAAGAUUGAUAAACAACUGCAUCAGCUUGAAAAAUUAAUCGAAAACUGUUCUGCGAAGAAAGCUGAAAUUGCAAAUAUGAUGACAUCACAAGUAAAGCAAAUGAAGGAAAGUUUAAGUCGCUCGAUGUCCUUGGCAAAAAAAGAAGUAUAUGAACUACAGCGAGACUGCAAUCGCAAAACUAGUAACAUACAGAAGAUGGUACAACAGCUCAAAAGGCUUGAACUACAAAUGCAGGAUACUCACGAGCAGCAUUUGAAAAAUACCCAGGCUGAAGAAUUUGACAUGGAGGAAAAACUGAAGCAGCUUCGAGAUGAGUUUAAUGAUGCUAAGUCAGAAUAUGAUAGACUGAAAGAAGAAGAGGCUAUGUUAAUGAACAGCAGAAAUGGGCAAACUGACGAAAUCAGAAGGAUUGAUGUUAAGAUCCAAGAUCAUGAAAAGAAGUAUAAUGAAAUCAUGCAUAAUAUUCGCAAUCUUAAAAACCAACAAAGCAACAAGAUCACAGCUUUUGGAGGAAAUAAAGUGAUUAAUCUGUUACGUGUAAUUGAGAGAUAUCAUCAAAGGUUUAAGGUGCCUCCUAUUGGUCCAAUUGGUGCCCAUCUGAAGUUGCGUAGUGGUAACAAAUGGGCGGUUGCUGUUGAACAUGCUAUUGGGAGAAUGCUCAAUUCUUUUAUAGUAACUGAUCACAAGGAUUUUCGUCUUUUGAAACAAUGUGCAAAGGAAGCAAACUAUGAUCGUCUUCAAAUUAUUAUUUAUGAUUUUUCAACCCCAAGGUUGAUGAUACCAGAGCACAUGCUUCCUAAUACAAACCAUCCAUCAACUCUUUCCAUCUUACAAUGCGAGAAUGACACUGUGGUUAAUGUCUUAGUAGAUCUGGGAAAUGUUGAGAGACAAGUGCUAGUUAAUGACUAUAAUACCGGGAAGGUUGUUGCCUUUGAAGAAAGGAUCCAAAAUCUGAAGGAGGUCUUCACUUUGGAUGGUUGUAAAAUGUUCUCACGAGGUCCGGUACAGACAACUCUUCCUCCAAAUAAGAAGCAGCGAUAUGGUCGUCUAACUAGUUCUGUUGAAGCUGAUAUUGAGAAACUUAGUAAUGAUGCAUUUAAUGAGCAAAAAGACGCAAAUGACUAUAAACGGAAUAAAAGAGAGGCAGAGCUCAAGCUUGAGGAUCUAGACAAGAAGAUGAAUUCUAUAAAGAGACUUUGUACAAGUGCUGGAAGAACUUUUAGUUCUACGAAGAUAGCUUUGGAGGAGAAAACAAAGGAACAAGCUGCUGAACGUAGCUCGACACCAUUGUCCUCAGUUGAUGAGAUUGUUGAAGAAAUUUCAGAAAUAAACAAAAAAAUAAAAGAAGAGCAGGUGUUGUUAGAAGGCCUUGAGCAGAGGAGGCAAGAAUCAGUGGGAAAAGCAAAUGACCUUAAAGUAAAUUUUGACGAAUUGUGUGAAUCAGCGAAUAAUGAACUUGCUUCACUUGAGAAAGCUGAGAGUGAACUUAUGGAGAUUGAAAGGGAAAUAGAUUCAGCGAAAAAGGCAAAAGAUCAUUAUGAUAAUGUCAUGAAAAACAAAGUCCUUCAUGAUAUUAAGGUGGCAGAGGAACACAAUCUGGAGCUUACAAAAAGCCGCGAGGUAAAUGUUGAGAAGGCUUCCAUAAUUUGCUGUCAGAAUGAACUUGCUACGAUAGGUGGUUGUGAUGGGAAAACCCCAGAGCAAAUCAGUGCCCAAUUAGAAAGUCUGAAUCAUACACUUAGGCGUGAGAGCCAAAGAUACUCCGAAUCUAUUGAUGAUCUGAGGAUGCUAUAUGCAAAAAAAGAACGAAAGAUUGCAAAAAGGCAGCAAGUUUACAGAGCCCUUCGACAGAAAUUGAAUGCCUGUCAGAGUGCUUUGGAGUUUCGAAUGAGAAAGUUUCAGGCAAAUGCAACUAAUCUCAAGCAUCAGCUUUCUUGGAAAUUUAAUGGCCAUUUGAAAAAGAAGGGGAUCAGUGGAGUUAUCAAAGUUGAUUAUGAGCAGAUGACCUUGUCGAUUGAGGUACAGAUGCCCCAAGAUGCAUCAAACAAAGCUGUUCGAGACACACGGGGGCUUUCAGGUGGAGAGCGGUCUUUUUCAACUUUGUGCUUUGCAUUAGCCCUUCAUGAAAUGACAGAGUCCCCAUUUAGAGCAAUGGAUGAAUUUGAUGUCUUUAUGGAUGCAGUAAGCCGAAAAAUUAGCAUGGAUACUCUGGUUGAUUUUGCUGUGGCACAAGGGUCCCAGUGGAUAUUGAUCACCCCACAUGAUACUAGCUUGGUGAAAGCAGGGAACAGAGUAAAGAAGAUGCAAAUGGCAGCUCCCCGUUCUUGA